CCGCCCUCACUCCCUCCCUGCCGCCUGCGGAGCUGCCGCCGAGCGCUCAGCGCCCCGGAGCCGCGGGGCGGAGGCGAUGGCCACCGUAGUGGUGGAAGUGGACUCGGAGCCCUCCUGCAGCAUCCCCAACCCGACCUCCACCUCGCCCAGUCUCUCCCACCGCUUCCUAGACAGCAAGUUUUACCUGCUGGUGGUCAUCGGCGAGCUGGUGACCGAGGAGCACCUGCGGCGGGCCAUCACCAACAUCGAGCGAGGAAUCCGAUCAUGGGACACAAACUUGGUCGAAUGCAACUUGGAUCAAGAACUGAAGCUUUUUGUGUCUCGCCAUUCAGCUCGAUUCUCUCCUGAAGUUCGAGGUCAGAAGAUUCUUCACCACAGAAGUGAUGUCUUAGAAACUGUAGUCCUUAUCAAUCCCUCUGAUGAAGCAGUUAGUACUGAGGUGCGCUUAAUGAUCACAGAUGCUGCAAGGCACAAACUCCUUGUUCUAACUGGCCAGUGCUUUGAAAACACAGGAGAACUCAUUCUUCAGUCAGGGUCCUUCUCCUUCCAGAACUUCAUUGAGAUCUUCACAGAUCAAGAGAUUGGUGAAUUGUUGAGCACCACACACCCUGCCAACAAAGCCAGCCUAACUCUUUUCUGCCCUGAAGAAGGGGACUGGAAAAAUUCCAACCUUGACAGACACAACCUUCAAGACUUCAUUAACAUUAAACUCAACUCAGCUUCCAUAUUGCCUGAGAUGGAAGGACUCUCUGAAUUCACAGAGUAUCUGUCAGAAUCAGUAGAAGUGCCAUCGCCUUUUGACAUUUUGGAGCCUCCAACCUCAGGAGGUUUCUUGAAGCUCUCCAAACCCUGCUGUUACAUUUUCCCAGGGGGAAGAGGGGACUCGGCAUUGUUCGCAGUGAAUGGAUUCAAUAUGCUUAUCAAUGGAGGAUCUGAAAGAAAAUCUUGUUUUUGGAAACUUAUCCGGCACUUGGACAGGGUAGAUUCCAUUCUGCUCACUCACAUUGGAGAUGACAAUCUGCCAGGAAUCAACAGCAUGCUUCAGCGAAAGAUAGCUGAACUAGAAGAGGAACAGUCCCAAGGGUCUACUACCAACAGUGACUGGAUGAAAAAUCUGAUCUCGCCUGAUUUAGGAGUUGUGUUCCUUAAUGUACCUGAGAACCUGAAGAACCUGGAUCCUAAUUUUAGAGUAAAAAGGAGUGUAGAAGAAGCUUGCUUUACUCUCCAGUAUCUAAAUAAGUUGUCUAUGACACCAGAACCUCUUUUCAGAAAUACAGGAAAUACCAUUGACCCUAUCAUUUUAUUUCAGAAAAUGGGAGUUGGCAAACUUGAGAUGUAUGUGCUUAAUCCUGUCAAAAAUAGCAAAGAGAUGCAAUAUUUUAUGCAGCAGUGGAGUGGUACUAACAAAGAUAAAGCUGAAUUCCUACUACCUAAUGGCCAAGAGCUUGACAUUCCCUUAUCCUAUUUCACCUCUGUCUCAUCCCUGAUUGUGUGGCAUCCAGCUAAUCCUGCAGAAAAAAUAAUCCGAGUUCUCUUUCCUGGAAACAGCACACAGUAUAAUAUUCUAGAGGGACUAGAAAAACUCAAACACUUAGACUUCCUUAAACAACCAAUGGUUACACAAAAAGACCUAACUGGGAACAUUGCUAGUCCAGCUGUGAAACAAGCGAAAUUGAAACAACGAACAGAUAGCAAGGAGAGUCUGAAGCCUGCUGCAAAGACACCACCAAAUAAGCCUGUCAGAAAGGAAUCUAAAGAAGAAACACCAGAGUCUGUGAAGCCUAGUCCAGUACCAGAAAAGCCGCAGAAGCUGGAAAGUAAAGAAAAAGUUCCAGUUAAAAAAGAAAAACCAGCAAAAGUAGAGACCAAACCAAUAGUGGUGGAAAAAGACAUAGCAAGUAAGGAAGAACAACUAGUGAAAUCUGAAAUUCCUGAAAAACAAGGUACAGAUGUAAAACCGAAAAUGUCAAAGGAGAAGACAGUGAAAAAGGAAGUCAAAGCAAAGCCUGAAGAAAAGAAGGAGGACAAAGAAAAACCAAAGAAAGAGGUUUCUAAAAAAGAAGAGAAAACACCCAUCAAAAAAGAGGAAAAACAAAAAAAAGAAGAUACCAAGAAAGAAGUUAAGAAAGAGGUGAAAAAGGAGGACAAGAAGGAGGCUAAGAAAGAAAUAAAGAAAGAAGCUUCAACAAAAGAAACUAAAAAAGAAGCUAAAAAAGAAGAGAAGAAGGAAAUCAAGAAGGAAGACAAAGAAGCCAAAAAGGACAUCAAAAAGGUUCCUAAAGAAACAAAGAAGACAGCUACUCCUUCAAAUGAAGCCAAAAAGCCAGCAGCAAAGCCUAAACCACAAAAGAAGGAAGAACCUGCUAAAAAAGAAGCAAUAGCUGCUGGAAAGCCAAAGGAAAAAGGAAAAGUUAAAAGUGUGAAGAAGGACCUCAAAGUCAGUGGAGCACAAGCUGCCCUUGCAGCAGUUGGAGCCACAACUGUAGCAGCUGCAGAAAUUACAGCCGGUGGAAAGGAGCUUGAAGCAGAGAGAUCCCUUAUGUCUUCACCAGAGGAUUUAACAAAGGAUUUUGAGGAAUUAAAAGCUGAAGAAGUGGAAACAAUAAAAGAAACAAAAUCUGAGGUUGCACUUAUAAAGGAUGAUCUGAAACUCACUGGCACAGUACAAAAAGACGCUUUUGAAGUACAAAAAGAAAAAUUGGAUAAUGAAGGACCUGCUGAGUCAUCUGAUGAAGGCAUAACUACCACAGAGGCUGAGGGUGAGUGUGAACAGACACCUGAAGAAUUGGAACCUGUGGAAAAACAUAAGGUUGAUGACAAUGAAAAGUUUGAAGAUGAGGGCACUGGCUUGGAAGAAUCAUCUGAAGCAGAUUAUGAAGAAAAGGCAGAGACAGAAGAAGCUGAAGAACGAGAUGAAAAUGAAGUAGAAAAAACACAACUGGAUGCCACAAAACCAUAUGUGGAAGAAUCAAGAAAAAUUCCAGGUGCCUCAGAAAAAGUAAUGACUCAAGUAGAUACUAACAUUAAAGAUGAAAAUUAUAUUGAAAAGGCAGAUUAUGAGGCGUCCGAUGAACGAGCUGAAGAAGACCGGGAAGAAGCAAUAGAAAAGGCAGAAACUGAAGAGACUGAAGAAGAUGAGGAAGACAAAGCAGAAGACAUCAGAGAUGAAGAAGAAACUGAAAAAACAGAAGCCGAAGAAGAUUACGUGAUGGCUGUGGUAGACAAAGCUGCAGAAUCUGGUGAAGCCGAGGAUAAGUAUGGCUUACUCAUAAUUACACCAACUAAGCGCUCCGAGUCUCAGUCUCCCGUGAUUGAGCCAGCUUCUUCUAUCCAUGACGAGACUCUGCCUGGUGGUUCAGAAAGCGAAGCCACUGUUUCUGAUGAAGAAAAUAGAGAAGAUCAACCUGAGGAGUUCACUGCUACUUCAGGUUACACACAGUCCACCAUUGAAAUAUCUAGUGAACCAACUCCAAUGGAUGAAAUGUCAACACCCCGAGAUGUCAUGAGUGAUGAAACUAACAACGAGGAAAGUGAGUCGCCCUCUCAGGAAUAUGUGAACAUUACCAAGUAUGAGACAUCACUGUACUCUCAGGAGUUCAGCAGAACUAAACUUUCUCCACUUCCAGAUGCUUUUAAUGGGAUAUCGGAAGGAUCCAAAACAGAGGCCACAGAAGGAAAGGAUUAUAAUGCCUCAGCUUCUACCAUCUCACCACCCUCUUCAUUAGAAGAAGACAAAUUCUGCAAAUCUGCAUUCCAAGAUGUAUACCGACAAAGAGAAAGUGAAAUCCAAGGCACUGACAAAUUAGAAAUCAGAGAACCCUAUCAAGAAGAUGGUGGAAAACAUAGCUCAGCCAAGAGUCCAGCUGACAGUUUGUCCCCUCCAUCACCUGUUGCCAAAACACCACUGAGUGAACGUAGUGUGAAUUUUUCGCUCACUCCCAAUGAGAUCAAGGUUCCUUCUGAGUCUGUCCCCACUGCUAAAUUGCCUGAUGUACACCAAGAAGUUGCUGAAGAGCACUGCACAAGCCCAGAAGAUAAAACAUUAGAAGUAGCAUCUCCGUCACAGUCUGCUGCUGGUAGUGCUGGCCACACACCUUAUUAUCAGUCUCCCACUGAUGAAAAGUCCAGUCAGCUUCCCUCUGAAACCAGUGAAAAGUCAACAGAAGCUCCUGUUAGCGUUGAGUUCAGUGAAGUUAAAGAUGAGUCUGAGAAAUGCAGAAUAAGCCCUAUGGAUGAGCCUGUGCCAGAUUCAGAAUCUCCUAUUGAAAAGGUUCUCUCGCCUCUGCGGAGUCCUCCACUGAUAGGUUCAGAGACCACUUACGAUGCAUUUUUGAGUGCUGAUUUAAAGUCUCCCACCAGAGAUUAUAAAAGUCCUUCUGAGGGGAAACCUGAAAAGGAAAAAUCACCUGUUCAGAUGAGCCCAGCUUCUGAAGCAAGCUCUGUGGGCCUCUUCCAAGAAAAACAAGAUGAAAAAAGCAUGGAAUUUAUGGUAAUUAAGGAAGGCUUCAGCCUGGAAAGGAAAAUGGAGGAUACAGAACCCAGCAGCUCCCAGUCUUCACUGGUCUUGGAUGAGCGGAAGUUAGCAGGUGAUCUCUCACCAACUCAAAUAGAUAUGAGUCAGUUUGGUUCUUUAAAAGAAGAUACCAAAAUGUCAAUUUCUGAAGGCACUGUCUCUGACAAGUCUGCAACCCCUGUUGAUGAGGUUGUUGCAGAAGACACCUAUUCCCAUAUAGAAGGAGUAGCUUCUGUCUCUACAGCAUCUGUUGCCACUAGUUCAUUUCCAGAACCAACUACUGAUGAUGUAUCUCCUUCUUUGCAUGCUGAGGUUGGUUCUCCCCACUCUACUGAAGUUGAUGAUUCCCUUUCAGUGUCAGUUGUUCAAACACCAACAACUUUCCAGGAAACAGAAAUGUCUCCAUCUAAAGAAGAGUGCCCAAGGCCUAUGUCAAUUUCUCCACCAGAUUUCUCACCUAAAACUGCAAAAUCAAGUACACCGGUGCUUGAUCACAGAUCUCCUGAGCAGUCAGCUAUGUCAGUAGAAUAUGGUCAAGAGUCACCUGAGCAGUCUUUAGCAAUGGAUUUCAGUAGGCAGUCUCCAGAAUAUCCUGCUGUAGCCUCUAGUGUACACCAUAUAUCUGAAAACGGACCAACAGAAGUAGAUUAUAGCCCUUCAGAUAUACAGGAGUCUCCUUUUGCACAGAAGACUUCACCUGUGGAACAGUCAUCUUACUCUCAAGAGAAAGAUAUUUCAGAAAUUAUUUCAGUUUCUCAAAUUGAAGCUUCAUCCUCAACUUCAUCAGCUCAUACACCUUCCCAGGUAGCUUCACCACUGCCAGAGGAAACUUUUUCAGGUGGUGUUCCACCCAGAGAGAUGUCACUGCAUUCUUCUUUUACCUCAGAAAAGAUGCAGAGCCUGGGGGAAAAGCUGUCACCAAAAUCUGACCUGUCUCCACUAUCUCCAAGGGAAUCUACUGCCCUGUAUUCUCCUGCAAUCACAGGAGCAGUGUCAGCUAGUCACACACCUUUGUUGUUACAGCGUGUGUCUCCUAUCAAAGCUUUUGGUUAUCAGGAACCCCUAUCAAAGCACAGUCCAGAACCUUUACUCAGCCCAGAUAAAGAAGAUUCAGAGAAAAGUAGCAGGUCACCAGAAGAACUUAGUUAUUCAUAUGAGGCCAGAGAGAAAAGUACGAGGUCACCAGAGAGUAUCAGCUAUUCCUAUGAGGCAGUCGGAAAAUCUACUAGAUCACCUCAAGCUAUGGAUUAUUCCUAUGAGAUAACCAGGAACACUACUAGGUCACCUGAGGGUACAGACUAUUCAUAUGAGAUAAUUGAAAAAAAUAUGAGGUCAUCUGAGGUCACAGAUUAUUCUUAUCAGAUAACAGGGAAAACCACCAGAUCACCAGAGGCCACAGAUUAUUCCUAUGAGACAGCUGGGAAAACUACCGAAUCACCUGAAGCCACAGAUUAUUCCUAUGAGUUAGCUGGGAAAGCUACCAGAUCACCUGAUACUAUGGAUUAUUCCUAUGAAACAACAAGGAAAACCUCUAAGUCACCAGAAGCCGUUGGCUACUGCUAUGAGACAAUUGGGAGAGCCACCAGGUCAUCAGAGGCCAUGACUUACUCUUAUGAGACAACUGGGAAAGCCUCCAGUUCACCUGAAGCCACAGAUUACUCGUUUGAGACAACUGGGAGAGCUAGCACUGGGAGGUCACCUGAAGCUACCAGCUAUUCCUAUGAAGCAAGUGCACAUUUUACUCCGAUUAAAUCCUUAGCAGAAUCCCGUCAAGAUGUUGACUUAUGCCUUGUGUCCUCUUGUGAAUAUAAACAUCCCAAAACAGAACUUUCACCUUCGUUUAUCAACCCAAAUCCCCUUGAGUGGUUUGCAAGUGAAGAACAGUCUAAAGAUCAGGAGAAGCCACUAACUCAGUCUGGGGGAGCUCAGCCUCCUUCUGGGGGAAAGCAGCAAGGGCGGCAGUGUGAUGAAACUCCUCCCACGUCUGUGAGCGAGUCUGCCCCAUCUCAGACCGAUUCGGAUGUUCCCCCGGAGACUGAGGAAUGUCCUUCCAUCACUGCAGAUGCCAACAUUGACUCAGAAGAUGAAUCGGAAACCAUUCCAACAGAUAAGACAAUUACAUACAAACACAUUGACCCACCACCUGUCCCAAUGCAGGAUCGCAGCCCUUCCCCAAGGCACCCUGAUGUUACCAUGGUUGAUCCAGAGGCUCUGCCAGUUGAACAGAAUUUAGGUAAGCCUUUGAAGAAGGACCUCAAAGAAAAGGCAAAGACAAAAAAGCAGGGCACCAAGACCAAGUCAUCUUCUCCUGUUAAAAAAAGUGAUGGUAAAUCGAAACAAGUGGCUUCACCAAAGCCAGCUACAAAAGAAUCUUUAGACAAAAUUUCCAGAACAGCUUCUCCAAAAAAGAAGGAAUCUGUGGAGAAGGCAACCAAAAAUAUCUCUAAUCCAGAGGUAAAGUCUCGAGGGGAAGAGAAAGAUAAGGACACCAAGAAUGCAGCAAAUACAACAACAUCCAAGUCAGCAAAGACUGCAACCACAGGACCUGGGAAUACUAAGGUGGCAAAAUCUACAGCAGUGCCUCCAGGACCUCCAGUGUAUUUGGAUCUGGUGUACAUUCCCAACCACAGCAACAGCAAGAAUGUUGAUGUUGAGUUUUUCAAGAGGGUGCGGUCAUCCUACUAUGUGGUGAGCGGGAAUGAUGCCGCGGCCGAGGAGCCAAGCAGGGCUGUUCUGGACUCCCUGCUGGAGGGCAAGGCGCAGUGGGAGAGUAACAUGCAGGUGACUUUAAUCCCAACCCAUGACUCAGAAGUGAUGAGGGAAUGGUAUCAAGAGACCCAUGAGAAGCAGCAGGAUCUCAACAUCAUGGUUUUGGCAAGCAGCAGCACUGUUGUUAUGCAAGAUGAAUCUUUUCCUGCAUGCAAGAUUGAGCUGUAAGAACAAGACCGUGCAUCACAAGAUUAAACUGCGUUUCCAGAAAUUCUUCAGUGUGAAAACACCUUUCCUGAAAAUUCAAGUCAUCUAUUUCAACUGCUGAACUAUAUACCUGCCAAAUGCUAUACUGUGUCACAGUGAUGCAAGUCACUAAUAUUUUUCAGUCUUUGUUGGUUGCUAAGGGAAAUAACAGUCUUCCCACAGUAGAGUACAAAUUACUGCGAAAAUACAGAUCCAGUUGCAUCUCCACUGAACAUUUUGAAACCAUGCACUAGCAACCCCAAUUGACUUUUGCCAGGUAGAGGCAUUUGCCCUCUAAAGAAAUACAAAGAGACAAAGAGAGAGGGGUAGGAGGAGAAAGUAGUAUAUUAUUAGGUCUGCAUUAGUCUCGUGGCAAUAGAUGUAUCGCUUACUAGAGUCUGCUUGUGUUCUCACAUGAGAAGAAAGUCUUAAAUUUUUAUCAAUUUGAGCUAUCACUAUGGGGAUCCUUUUUUUAAAGAAUUAAGUUAGCUCAAACAUAAAAAGAAAGAGAACAUGGCUAGGAAGGGAUGUAUGACCUAAUCACUCAUCAGCAGCUUUUCACUUUAAUUUGAACUCUGCAUACUGACACACCCUAACAAUCAUAGGCCAAAUAUGCAUGUAGCCUGCACCCCAUCCAGAAGUCUAAAACCUUUCUUACAACAUGCAGAAUUGUUAGUCUAAGGCAUGCUUCCAGCGAAAGCCCACUCACUCCAGCCAGAAGUGACUAGUCCACAUGCUUGAAAACACCCAUGUCCACUGUCGAUUAACUGAAGCAAAAUACCAAAGCGGUCGGGAGUACAUACAGUAGACAAUUUGCCUUAGAAAGUGACUUGAAUGUACAAAGAAACUUGAUGCACUUAUUUUUUAAUGCUGAGACAGCAAAUUUAUAAAACAUCUGUGUAGGAUCAUAGUUACACCAGUAAAGAAGCGUGAGUGUGCAUGUGUGGUAUUAGGAACUUAUCUGACUGGUCAAAUGGUUUGGUGCUAUGAAUUACAUAUAUUAGUUAUGUGAACACUUCACAGAUGCACCUGGACAGCUCAACAAGGCAAGAUGAGCUUUUUUUUGAAGGCUCCUUUCGUACUGUGGAAGCAAGAUAGAAGUGGUGUCUAGUAUCAGAGUUACAAAAUUUAGUGAAACAUUCAGAACAAUGGAAAAGGUUACCUGUGAGCCUGUACAGUAUUCAGCCUUCCUUUGUCCUACCUGAUUUUAUUUGUUUAAUUUAAGAGUGAACAUGGGAACAAAUGUACAGAAGCCUUUCUUUUUAGUGCUGCAUGAACGUUUAAUACAUGACUUGUAACAAACAUUUUCAUUUACAGGUAAAUGCAAAGAAAAAUUUUUCAGGUGAAGGCAUUCUUUUUAGUAGUUUUGUAAGAUAAAUGAGUAGUGUUGUUUAAGAUUCUAGUGAGAAUUGAUAUUGAGGUAAAAUUUAUUGAAAACAGUCAACUGUCAAUGCCUUUUUCAGGAGAUGGGUAUGGAAGGAUACCCUCAUAAAAUUAUUCUGUUGAUGGUGACAGAAAAUGGGAUUUGAGAAGUUGAUUGCCCAAUACUUAAAAGGUUAUAACUUACAUUCUCAACCCUCACAAGAUCUUGGAAAAGGAUAGAACAAGCAAUAAGCAAAAAGUACCUUCUCUUCCCUUUUCCUUCCCUUCCUUUUCCUUCUCUUCCCCUUUGCUUUCCUCUUUCCUCUGCUCUUUCCUUUCCUCCUCUCUUUCCUUUACUCCUCUCUCCUCCUCUCAUAUCCUCUUUUUUAACUCUUUCACUUCCUUUCCUCUUCCUCUUGUUGCCUCUUCCUUUACUAUUCUUUUUUUCUUCCUUUCCUUCUUCAUGCCUCCAUUCUUUUCCUUCUCUAUACUGAUUGCAGAGGAACAGCACCACUGCUCUGUGAUUUAAGACAGUUUGGAUUUUUUAGUCUCAGAAAUUUUACCCCAAUUAAAAAAAUCUUGUUGCAUUGUAGAAGGUCUGCAAAUCUGAAUUUAAGAAGGUGUAAAGGCCUACAGCAUGGAGUUAUGUGCUGGUUGUAUGAAUCACCAUUAUGGCUGUUAAGUUUUACAAUGUAGUGAACUAUGACCUCAUUUUAUUUUCUCUACUUGUAAUUUAUUUUAAUUUUACAUUGUUAGGAUAUUUUUGUUUAAUAGGUGUAUGUUUGCACUCCUAAUUUUUAUGAGGGUUUUUUCAUACUGGUUUAGGGUCUUGUAAAUGUGGGCUUCUCAUGCCCAUUUAAUGCUGUGAAUUACUGUUUGUCAGUGGUUGGGGUUUUGAUUUAUUUCUAAUGCCUUCUCUUUUUGUAGAUUUCUCUAGCAAUGCUGUUUUAUUUAUUGCUAUACCUGUAAAGUAGUUAAGAAUAACUCAGAGUGACUAUGGCACAAAAGGCAGAUGGAAAUGUAUUGUGAAAACAAGCAUGUUUGCUGGGCUCAUGUAAUUCACUUUAAAAUGCUUUUGUAAUACAUAGUCUACAAAGAUAUGGGAUAUCUUUGCAGACUAUGUAGUAUAAUUUUGCAGGCAUGUUCUGCAGAAUUUUUGGCAGAAUAGUUGUACUGUUUCUACAAUUCUUUCUGAUUUGUCUAUUUUAUUAUAUAGUUCAAAAUUCAAACCUUUUGAGUGGGUGGGAACAGAUUUUCUGAUUUUCUGACAACACCUGACAUGGUUUGUAUCUCUGCUUUGGUAGAAAAUUGUUUUAAGUACAGUGGUAGUUUUGUGACUAAUCUCACUUAUGCCACUCACUCCUGUGAAUCAGGAGCAAUUUCACUACUGUCAGGGAAGUUACAGUCAUCUGAUCCUAUUGUAAAUUAAAUUGGAAUCAAGCCUUAAAUAUGCCCAAGCAAAUUUAGGAUGGCUGAAACAUUUGUUUUACUUCUGAAAUAAUAAUUAUAAUUAGACACAUGUACAUUUGCUUUUUUUGCUGCUACAAGAAUAUUAAAACCAUAGUCUGGCUAUUCUGAGGUAUUGUAAUGCCUGUUCCAUCCACUCCCUUCCAAAUGGCAAUGGUACCUAGAUUCAACACUGCGAUGAGCUCCUCCAUUGGCUCCUCUUGCCCUUAAUGACUUUCCUGCCUGUGGAUCUAAUCUACCUGUGCUAAUCCUAGUGCUACACAACUAGUUUAGUGUAACAGUCAUCAAAAUGUACUGUGUACAUGAACGAUGAGUGCUGUUGAUCAGCAUAGAUUUCUAGGAGCAUGGUUUGUUAUUGAUUACUCUAAUUGUAAAGAUUCAAUAUCUGAGUGCAAAGAACACUCCAUUUCAAUGAUGGUAUUACCCAUAACAGCAUUCCCAGUCAUGAUCUUUAUGCUAUUAAUAUAAUGCUUCAUAAUUCAAUGAAGAAUUAACUUUGGGGAUCCCAUCCCACUCUUGUACUUGGACAGGGCCUCUCUUGCAUGCCUUUUCAAAGUCCUGUGGUGGGCCUGACUCAUUGACCUCUAUUUUCACCCCAUCUUUCAUAGAAAUCACUUUUGAUUUUUUUUUUUACUUAUUUUACAUAAUGUGGUGAAUGGAGAUAACUGUGUAUAUGAAUGUUGGGGUUUUUUUAAUUGUCUAUGAUAGCUUAUGCAUUUAGGAGAGUUCUGGUACUCUUUUACUAAGAUUUAAUAAAUUUGUUAAUUGAAUUUUCAAUCCCUCCCAACACAAGCAAAUGAGUUCCAAAGAGCACUUGCUGUGCAUUUGGAACAUUUCUGUCAUGCGCUUCUCUUUGUUCAUCUGUCGCCAGAGGUUCUUGCUCAGUAAUGAUGUUUAUGAGAGAAAUAGUAAUUUUCUUGGUCUGGAUUUACUAGAAUAUGAAAAAAUAUAAUGUUUACCCUUGAAAGAAAAGCUUUCAUCGUUUCACUUAAUAAUUGAACAAAACACUAAAAUCAACUAGGGGUAAGCAUUUCUUAGAAUGCAAUUAUAUUAUUUACCUGGUUUAAAAAUGUUUGCUAUUUUAAAUUUGAAAAAAAAGAAAAAAACUCUUGUUUGUUGUGACUUUACAAAAAAAUUCUUUAAAAAGGAGUAACUAAAUAAAACAAUAGCAUAAAAUAUAGAAAGAAAAAAAUUUAAGAAGCAGCUUCUCUCUACUAGGCUAACUAAGUGCUCCAGAAGGCAGGAGCUACCUCUUCAAGACUGGGCUGUAAUCUCAAUGUAAAAGACAAAAUCUGAAAUAUGCUUUCACGCAUUUGCAUGCAGCCAUUAUCUUCCAAACUAUGGAAAGAAAGUCUUGUGGCUGGCUGAGAAGCACCUCACACACCUCCUCUCUCUUGUUCUGAAUGGUGUUUGUGUCAGUCUGCAGCUGUGUAUGGUAUUAUGUCUUAUAAUCCUGCAUCACUUCUAUUCUAUCCAGUCAUAUCUAAUGUAGAAAAUUAGUUUCCAGUGAAAGUAAUAUGUAGUGCUUUUAUGAUAUUUGUGUGCAAUAUCCCCUCUUCCAUUGAGGAUAUUUGAUGUAAAGGAAUCAAACUCAGUUCCACAAUAAAAUACAAAAGUGCUAAA